AUGAGUAACCAUCAUCUUGACUAUACCCUGACCAUGUACUUCCAGCAGUCCUGGAGGGAUAAAAGGCUCUCUUAUUCUGGAAUACCUUUGAAUCUAACUCUGGACAACAGAGUGGCUGACCAGCUCUGGGUGCCGGACACAUAUUUCCUAAAUGACAAGAAGUCGUUUGUCCAUGGGGUGACAGUGAAAAACCAAAUGAUUCGACUCCAUCCAGAUGGGACAGUUCUUUAUGGCCUAAGGAUCACAACAACAGCUGCUUGCAUGAUGGAUCUACGCAGAUAUCCUCUGGAUGAACAAAACUGCACACUAGAAAUUGAAAGUUAUGGAUACACUACUGAUGAUAUUGAAUUUUACUGGAAUGGAGGAGAGUCAGCAGUAACGGGAGUUAAUAACAUUGAGCUCCCACAAUUUUCUAUUGUUGAUUACAAGAUGGUAUCAAAGAGAGUGGAAUUUACAACAGGAGCAUAUCCUCGAUUAUCACUAAGCUUCCGGCUUAAAAGAAAUAUUGGAUACUUCAUUUUGCAAACCUAUAUGCCUUCCACACUGAUCACAAUUCUGUCGUGGGUAUCUUUUUGGAUCAAUUAUGAUGCCUUUGCAGCCAGAGUUGCUCUAGGAAUCACAACUGUGCUGACCAUGACCACCAUCAGCACCCACCUCAGGGAGACCUUGCCAAAGAUUCCCUAUGUCAAGGCAAUAGAUAUUUACUUGAUGGGAUGCUUUGUGUUCGUGUUCCUGGCCUUGCUGGAAUAUGCCUUUGUAAAGUACAUAUUCUUUGGGAAAGGACCCCAAAGUCAAAAAAAGGCAGCAGGCAGGGCAGGACAUGCUACAGGUGAAAACAGCAGACUGGAAACAAAUAGAGUUGAUCCCCAUGGAAACAUGCUGCUUAGCCCAUUUGAAAUACGAAAUGACGUCAGCAGCUCAGACGUGUUCAUGAAUCUCCGUGAGCCCCGAGCCACCACGCACACGUAUGACAGUGCCAACCUGCAGUACAGAAGAGCCACUUUCAGCAGAGACCUCUGCAGUAGAACCACUUUGGACAGGCACAGGCUUCAUAAAAAAGGACGCCUGCGAAGAAGGGCAUCCCAGAUCAAAGUCAAGAUCCCAGAUUUGACUGAUGUUAACUCAAUAGACAUGUGGUCCAGAAUAGUCUUUCCCAUCACAUUUAUUCUUUUCAAUGUUGUUUACUGGCUGUAUUAUGUACACUAA